AGAAAGCUUCUUUGUUAAAACGUUUUGAUGACAAACAAAACCGGAAGUGGUCCUUUUCACCAGUUCUGACAGCCGGUGUCGCAACACUUCUGUGUGUAACAGAAAAUAAUCUACCAACAUCAGCCAAAAUGAUUAUUUACAGGUGUAGAAUAUCAGGAGAUGAAUUGUUCAGUGAUGCUUUUGAACCAAUGAUUGUGAAAGAAGACUUCUUCUAUGAAAUUGAGGGAAAGAAUAUUUCUAUCAGCAAUAAAAUCGAUGAAUCUGCAAUUGGAGCCAAUGCUUCAGCGGAGGAGGGAGGAGAGGGCACAGAAGACUUAGUUGAAACCAAAAUUAAUGUUAUUUACAGUCACAAACUUCAAGAAACAAGUUUUGACAAGAAAGGUUACCAGACAUUUAUCAAAGAAUAUAUAAAAGUAUUAUUAGCUAAAAUUGAAGAAGAAAAAGGCAAAGAAGCUGCAGAUGACUUCAAAAAACGAGCAGCCACGGGUGUAAAAAAAGUUUUAGAAAACUUUAAAAAUUGGCAAUUUUUUCAAGGAGAAAACAUGGCCGACGGAGGAAUGAUAGUAUUAAUGGAUUACAGGGAAGACGGAGUAACACCUUAUUUCUGGUUUGUUAAAGAUGGAAUUAUAGCAGAAAAAUAUUGAACUUCAAGACCAAGAACUGUAGUUGAUAUCGGCGAACUGGUGCUAUGGUUGCUGAACAUCUCUCCUGAUAAUAGAACAGCAGCAAAUAGCACGUCUUAUUUAACAUUUUCAUUUUGAAAAACUAUACAUCCUAUAUCAUAAUGCAGUCACUGUGCUCUGCUUCCAAGAACAGUCAUAUUUAAAAUUUUUAACCCAACUAUACUGUGUAUAAUUGUGGAUACUGUGUACAAUUGUGGCAUUCUAAAUAUUUCUUGACAUUCUUAUGACGACGAUGUUUACAUUACCUAUUCUAUGUCAAAUAAAACAUGCUAUUUAUUAUA